AUGAAGCGUACCAUCAGCCGUUUGGUCGAAAUCGGUCUUCGCUUCGUCGGUAUGUGGCCGAACUCCGCGUAUCCGAAUUUGUACUGGUCGAUGUACAUGACGACCAUAACGAUAUUGCAGUAUUUUCAAUAUUCGUACGUUAUCGCACAUUUCGAUCUCAACAAUCUCACGCUUCUGAUGGACUGUCUGGGUCUCGCCCUCACUAAUACACUCGUGUCUCUCAAACUGCUCGUUCUGUGGUCGAAUCGCCGAAUAUUUUUUAAUAUUCUAACGGCAAUGGAUAGAGACUGGGACGAGAAGCGCGUUAGUGAUUUUCACGAACUCGGUAUUAUGACGACGGUGGCGGAUCUGUCGCGUCGUUGUUCCAAAAUGAUUGUCGGAAUACACGCUCUGGCCGCUUUUUUCUUAUCAGCCGGUGCUUACGUAUUGCGCUCGAUAAAUGCCGGUGACGAUGAAGUUUUUCGAGAACUCCCGGUAAAAAUGAACUUGCCCUUUGACGACGUCAACGAGUCGCCGCUUUUCGAAUGCAUCCUGUUCGGACAGUUCCUUUACGAAUUGUCGCUCGCCUCUGUGGCCGGUAUAGUUAAUGCGUUACUUGUCACGCUGAUACUUCAUGUAGGUGGUCAAAUUGAUGUUAUGCGGCAAGAAGCGACGCAGAAAGUAUCGGACAACAACAAUUCUACCGUAAUCGAAAUCAAAAAACUCAUUUUCAGACACCAAAACGUAAUUAGUCUGUCGGACAAUAUCGAAAAUUUAUUUUCGCUCAUCUCGUUGAUGCAAUUGCUAUGGAACACUUUGAUUAUUUGCUGCUCCGGUUUUAUGAUUAUAAUUGCACUCAGUACUCGCAGAGGCGCAGCGGCUGUAAUUAAAUCGGUGCUUCUUUACGUCGCAAAAACAUUAGAAGUCUUUCUAUUUUGUUACGCGGGGGAAUAUUUGAGCGCUAAGAGUAAAUCAAUUUGCGAUUCGACGUACGAAUUGUUUUGGUAUAAUAUGAUGCCGUCCGAGAGUCGCAUUUUGUUGCUUGUAAUGGUGAGGUCUCAAAAACGAUUGACAAUUACCGCGGGAAAAAUUGUUGAUCUCACCUUAGAAGGAUUUAUGAGUGUUCUCAAAACGUCGGCGUCGUACAUAUCCGUCUUGAAUGCGAUGUACUGA